AUGGAUUCCCCGGAGGUUCGACCCCCAGGAUUCCGGGCUCCUCGUCGGGUCGCCAGCGCCCCGGUGACACCACGACCGCAUACCGCCGAGCACCCUCCCGCCGACGACCCCGUAGAGACGCUCUACUACCACCCCAACGUUAAGAUAGUAGCUUUUACUAGCUCGGGCAAGGCCCUGCUUCAGAAUACGGACGCCGCUCGCGAGGAAGCGGGCACUCUGUUGGCUAGUUCCCCAGUGGAGAGGACACUCGCUGUCGACGAAGAGAACACGGUGUUUGUCUUGCAGAUCCGACGCCCGAAUUAUUGGAGAAUAGAACUGCAGGAGUCUUGGGAUUCGGGCGACAGGAGCACACCCGACGCCUUGAGAGAAGUGUUGGGCAUGAUCUUGCAAUUUGAGAAAACAUACUGUCCUUUCAAACGUUCAUUCACCGUGGAGGUUGAGGAGCCCACGACCCCUACGAUAAAGAAAGCAUGGACGCCGAAACAUACACCGAAUUCAGGACCUAUGAUGGGUAUUGUGACCCCCGAGCUGGGUUCCCCCGCCUCCCCCCAGAUAGCGAGAACAUUGUUCGAUUCUAGUGGGCGCCGCCGCUCUCAAGGCUACGAUUUGGGCACCUGUAACAUCAGGGGCCUCGGGUUACGAUCGAUGUUGUCGGAUGAUCAUCCGCUCUCAAUGGCAGGAUCGCGUCGCUCCUUAGAUUUACUACUGGGCGUGGAAGGUUCUGCGGCACAUGGAUCACUAAUGUCGGGAAUCACUGGCGAAACUGACUCCAAACUCGAAGAGUCUCCAGUGGUUUCGAGAAUAGUCGAGGAUAUACAGUCUCGCUCUGUGACAGAUACUGUGCCAAUUGCGCCAAGGGAUCCCUUCACCGACAAUACAGCAGCCUCGAUCUGGAACGACUCAAUUGUAGGAAGCCCAGAACACUUUCAUGGACUAAUGGAACAUCAUGCGAUUGACGGCGUGAAACCCUUGGAGCGUGCGCUUAGUGCUCCCCUCUUCCCCACACAUUCAACGUCUCAACCCCGCCGAGCGGUUCCUGAAACUAUCCUGGAAAAUGGUGACGACAACCUCGUGGAACUUGAUGACAGUGAGGCCUCUGGCCGUAUUUCGCCCUCCCCCUCUCAAGACUCGUUCCAUAGUGUCAAAUCUUGGGAAUCCAUUGACAAUUCAAGCCCCAUCCCUCUUGGGCAGAAUUUCAGUGCCAAUUCAGGGGUAUCCUCAUCAACCGCGUUGGAAAUUAGACAGUCUUUUGUCAGGCGACGGGCCAGACAUCGCUCGAAAAAAUCAGAGUCGGAUAUUCCAACUAACGGAAACGGGCAUGCUUCUGUUCCUGCACCGAACAAUAAUGCUGACCAGUAUCAAGCUGUUCUGGGCAUGGGCUUCCUAGAACAGGCAAGGAGCCUGCCGCUGUUUAUCCUGGCCAAGACAGUCGAAAUUCUACUGGGCCCGCCGGCCUACCUUAUUAAACUCAUGCUCAGAAUUGCUGCCAGGAUCAUUGCAGGAGAGUGGAGAGGGCAGGAUGUCGGGUAUGAUGAAGAUGGCGAACAGAUCCCCGUGCACUGGGAUCUCUCAGACGACGACGAGCAAAUCGACUAG